AUGUAUAAACCCACACCGUAUGCCCUCAACAUCAAAUGGCAUAGAGAACAGCUCGAGCUUGUACACAAGAAGUGUGACUCUGCCCCAACAGAGACGUCCACGUUUGUGUCGGAAGAAACCGCCCCAGUGACUACGGCAGAGGUCUCGAAAGCUUCUCCCGAGGCCAGCAGCGAAGAAGAAUCUGGCUUACUCACCGAGUCUCCGGAGCAGACUACAUCAUCUGAACCGACCGUAUCGUCGACAGCCAAUGCAGCUGCUAAGACCAAUCUGAGGCAAAUGUUUUGGUCUUGGUCUCUGGUUCUUCUCUUAUCAAUGAACCUCUAUGUCUAG